AUGAGAGCCAAGAAGAUAAAAGUAGAAAAAAGAGAAUUCUCUAAAAGAAAAGGAUUCAAGUUCACCAGUUGGAGUAAGGAAGAUCACAAGGAACCAAUAUUUGGAGUAGCAUUUAACCCUUACAAUCACCCUGACAAUCCCCCUGUAUUCGCUACCGUGGGUAGUAACAGAGUAACAGUAUACGAGUGCACUGACAACAGUGUCAAUGUUAUCCAGUCUUAUUCUGAUCCCUGUACUGAUGAGAUAUUCUACACUGUGUGUUGGGUGUACUGCGAGACAGCUGAAGGGGUAAUAGAAACCAGUGUAGCUGUAGCAGGACUUAGGGGUCUUAUCAGAGUGGUCUCACUUAGGAAACUAAAGAACUUGUUCACUUUAAUGGGCUGCGGAGACAGUAUAAACGAGUUAAAACUUCACCCCACCGAUAACAACCUACUUCUCUCCGCCAGUAAAGACAACAGUCUCCGACUCUGGAACCUCAAGACCCGCAGAUGUAUUCUCAUAUUUGGUGGUUUAGAGGGCCACAGGGACGAAGUGUUAAGCUGUGACUUCGAUCUUAAAGCCCGAUAUGUUCUCUCUUGUGGGAUGGACCACUCCGUUAAAAUGUGGUCCCUGGAGUCAGACGACGUUAAGGACAUCAUAGAUCUCUCCUACUCAUACUCCGACCUAAAACCCUUCCCCGUUCUCAACAAACAUUUCCCUGUGUUUGGAACUAGAAAUAUUCACAGAAACUAUGUUGACUGUGUUAGGUGGUUUGGUAACUACGUCCUCUCAAAGUCGUGUGAAAAUAAGAUAGUGUGUUGGAAACCUAACUUAUCAAUAAAGAAAUCCUCUGAUAUACCGGACCAAAGUGAGGUCCUGCACAGUUUUGACUACGGAAACUGUGAUAUUUGGUACAUGAGGUUCGCUGUUUCGCCCAACUUUGAUGCAAUUGCCGCUGGAAAUCAAAUAGGCAAGGUGUUUCUCUGGGAUAUAAGCGAGGAGCCUUCUAAACCAGCUAUUUUGUCCCACCAGAAGUGUUUGACUGCCAUCAGACAGGUUUGUUUCAGUCCGGAUUCGACCAUCAUGGUGGCUGUCAGCGACGAUUCUGCGGUUUGGAGGUGGGACAAAGAACUACGACCUAGCCCCGCCCUAGCUAACAGAGAUACAUUAUAACAGGACUUUUGUUACCAUAGCAACACUCUCAACGAACUACGCCCUAACUUACAAAGAUAUAUCAUGACAGGACUGUUACCAUAGCAACACUACAUACCAACACGAACAGUGAACACUCUUGUUACCAUUGCACAGGAACAUUACAGUAAUUAACAUACCAACACUGCAGUGGGGAUAACAAAAUGUAGUUUUGACUAAAUUUUAAACUGCAACCAUUUUUUUAAUUAUCUUAUGAAUGGAAGAAUUUUUUAUUGAAAGCAAUUUUUACUUUCGGACUUGAUUAUUUGUUUAUUUAAUCUACUUGCAUAGAAUCCACGAUUACCAAAGUUUUUAACACUAUCGUUAAUUUUCUGUUAAAGUACUGCUUAUCUUUUUACAUCAUGGACCGUCAAUGAAUACCACGCUUAUUUGAAGGUUUAUCACAUUUAAUUUUAUUAAUUUUUACUUUUUAUGAAUUCGGAUUCUGAAUUCGUAACUGAUUAUUGCUAUUCCAAAAACAUUUGAAAGUGCACAGAAUUUGAAAUCAAAAUAUGGACACUGGGAAACUGAAAACGUUAUGGCAAUG